AUGUUGUUCAAGCAGACAGUGCUCGGCCCAGAACGUUCGCGGGAAGUCGUUUCCGGAAAUUUUUUCGGGGAGGUGGUUUGCGCGUUGCCUGAGAAUGCAUGCAGCGACGCAGAGACAGAGUCUCGCUCGGGCAGCGCAGAGAAGGGACAGGGCGGGUCGAAGGUCUUCAAACGCUUUUCUGGUGCUUCGGGUACGCAGAAAAAUGAAGCCGGUGUUAGAACGAGGAUCCCGAGUGUCUGUCCACCCCAGGGCGUCCAGCUCAUCUGGCACCGGGGCAGCCGCCUUUGCAUCAAAGACCUCGCUUCGUUCCUGCGCGAGCAAGACUGCGGAUGGCUGGGGGAGAUGCUGACGCCGACAUGCGGAGCGAAGGCGGCAGAGGAAAAGGUGACGGACCGGAGUAAGCUGUGGCGUCGACCUUCUCCCACAACCGCUGUACAGACACCGGAUGCAGCAGCAGCUGCGGGCCGAAGCGUCGGGAGCAAGGAAGACGCAGGGCCUUCACGAGAGGACGGCGAACGGGUGGCGAUCUUUUUUCCGUCGUCGCAGGCCUCUUCACUCGCCUGUGCUGACAGACAGAUCGUUCCGGAAAUUCUGUCCAAACGGGGACGCCUGCGUGUGGAGCAGCCCACCUUCGGUGCGAUUCGGGCCAUUCGUCGGCUUCGUUUCCCGUCCUUUUCAGGGUUCCAAAGACUGGUGCAUCCUUCGUGCUCCUCGGCGUCUGCUUCAUUCUCCUCUGCUUCGUCGCCGCCUGCAGCUUCUUCCUCGACCUCUGAUUUCCCUCGCUCCUGUCGCAGUGCUUGCCUUGCUGGUGACGCUGGGCGCACAGGCGCGAGCCCGGAUCGUCUUCUUCUUCUCUCCCGAGAUGGCGGCCUCCACCUUUUGCGUCUCUCCCCUGAGACAAGCCGCUUCUUCGUCGAGCAAAAGGUGGUGCUUCCUUCGCCUUCGAGGUACCCCGCCACGCCUUGUGCCGCCUGUGAUCUGGGGGGCCGAUCCGCCUUCUCCGUGCCUCAGAACGCUGCUUCCGCCUUCGCGGCAGAGGCGGGAAGGCCGCCGAAGACAGCGCCUUUCCGCGAACUGACAACAGACCUGCCGAGACAGCCGACCAACUGCGCUCUGCGGCGCCCCACAAACGCUGAACCGCCUGACGAAAGGCCGCGAAACUCGGCUUUUCCUUUAUUUUCUUCAGCCGUUUCUUCGUCUUCCGCUUCUGCUCUCGCUGCGUCUGGGGCGUCUGCGCAUGCCCCUGGGUCGUCUACGAUGGGGAAAUUGCCUGCAUGUCUCGCCGUCCUCGAGGGCGGGAUCUUUGCGGUCGUCCGGAACCCUUCCAGCGGCGAAAUUGUGGUCGGUUCGCUGGCGGCGGGGGCCGCAGAAAAGGCGGCGGAGGAGACCGCCACGGGAGAAAGCCGAAAUGCGGCAUGCGAUGGCGGUUGCAAAGGCGAGAGAAGGAAAGACAGCGCGCGUUGCGUGGAGAGCACUCCGAGACGUGGAGACGGCGGUCGAGCCGCAGAGACGCAGGCCGAGGCAGCUGAGCCUGGCUCUAGUCGGAGCGCGGGACACGAUCUCAGAGGCCCUUGGAACCAAAGAAGUACCGGGCUGUUGACUCUUCGUCUCGUCGGCACCAUCCGCCACAUCGACCUGGUGAAAGUCGAAGGGGAAGAGGAGGGAGAAGAAGAGGAAGAAGAAGGAGAAGAUGAGGGAGACGAAGAGGGAGAGGAAGAUGGAGAAGAAGAGGGAGAAGAAGAGGGAGAAGAAGAGGGAGAAGAUGGUCAUUCAGGGAAGCCGCACUGUGGAAAUGAAAGCAUGGGUCCACGAGUCGGCGUUCGAAGACCAGCUGGUGCUUCUGCGCAAGAAACCGACUCUCUCCCUUCGUCCUGUGGAGGCAUCGCUUCGGCACUCGCUGCUCCUCGUGCGUCUUCCUUUCUCUCUCCCUCCUUCGAACGCGCAUCGUCCCUCUCAUGUUCAGAUCGCGCCGUGCUUCUUCUGCAUGAUCGGCGGUCGUCCGCCUUCCUCCUCGCCUCCGUGGAGUACGUACACCCGGCGGCGCAGAAGUCGCGCGUCCGGAGAGACGGAAGCAACGCGUUCCUUGUGCCCCAGCCAGGCGAGAACAAGCGGGCCGGAAGGAAGAAGGUGAAACGUCAUGGACCUCCAAGCAGCGACAGUAUGCAGGGAAAGCAGGAACUCUCUGCCAGGCACCGCAUCGACACGGAAAAUGGUUGUUCGUCGUCGCAGGCUGCGCGCGCCCACCCGCCAGAUCGACGCACCCCCCCUCGCGCGUCCGGAGCGCGCUGCGCAUGCACGAUCCAUUCACUCCGUCUGUCGUGGGGUGGAGAGGAACCUGCAGAAAGGGGGAGAGCGGAAAGAAGCUCGGCGGAAAGGACGCGUGUGCAGUCUGCACAGGAUAAAGCGAACAGCCGAGAGAGCCCACGCGACGUGCCCCGUCCCGGCGUGCCUCUUGGCAGGAAGGAUGGAGGGUGCCUGCUCUUCACCUCGUUCACGCCGCUUCUGGUUGUUUCCAAGUCGUCUCAGUCGGCAUCGUCGUUUCCGUCUUCGUCCACGCAUCGUCCCGCGUCUUCUGUGUCGUAUUCCAAGGAUGCGGAGACCGCUGCGGUUGCCGGCGUCAGAGAGCGAAGGGAGAACUGUCUCCCUGCGGACUCCUCGCGUCCGUCGUCCGCCUCACCGCAGCAGCUGGGUGUAUGUCCGCCGGACGCGGGAAACAGAGGAGACGAAGAGGCGAAUGUGCACGCGAACGCGAAGCAGAACGAUCUUCCAGAGGCGAGAAGAAACCUGCCUCAAAGGAGGCUCACCUGGCUUCUCCUUGGCCUCGCCGAACGAUCGAGUGACUGGCUGCUAGCCUUGACGUGUGAAUGCUAUGGGACGGACGACGAACGGUGGAGUCUCGUGCCGCUGCAGUGUCUGUACACCCGAACCCACCUGACUGACGCGGCUUUUGUUCCCAAUGCAGGGCUGCCGCACAACCCGAACCACUUCGAAGUUCCUCGCACCUUGUCGCUCGCCUCCUUUCCUCCUUGCCCUCCCGUCUGUUCAAAAGAGUUCUUGUCUUCCCCUUCCGCUUCCUUGUUUCCCCGGUGCUCGUCUGUCACUUGCCUGUUGCCGUUUUGGAGCGCCUUUGGACGUUCGCUGGCGGGCGAGAACGCAGACGGCGCAGAAGGCGGAACGCUGUACAUGAUUGGAGGCCGCUGGCCGCAUUCGGUUCUCUUUGGGCUGCGCGUCGGCGUUCUGCAAGUCACGCAGGACGCGGUGUACGUACACCAGGGGGACCGGACAACUCGCCUGUUGUCCCUGGCGGAUCUGCACGCAGGCGCAGUCUGUAACAUCCCACGGGUUGGCGCUUCCUCUCAAGAAGACGAAAGGGGGGCAGAGAGAAAGGAACCACCAGAUCCAGACGCACACGCGCGAGAGACAAAAACGGUCACGGACGCGGACAAGGGCGAGCAGGACUCGGUCGACACAGAAAGCGGGGACCAGAUCAUCAAGGCUGGUGGAACGGGCACUCGGUUCUGGCUUCUCACGGCCUCAGGAGGGCUCCGCGCCUUCGAGCUUCGGUGUCGCGACACCGGCCUGGCGACUUCGCGCAUGCACGCUCACCCUUUGGCGCGCCUCGAACGUGCCCGUGGUCUCGCCUCUUCGCCGUUGCCUUCCGUUCCUCAAAUCGCCGCUCCGGGCUCUCGAAACCGAAAGGAACUCGACUCUCCCUUCCCGGAAGAAGAAGCGCUAAUUACAACUGCCUUUGUCGCCCGCUUGCCUUCCGGAUUCCUGUCUCGUUCACCGUCUUCGUCCUCUUCGGCGACGCCGAUCCCUGCACUUUCCUCUGUCGGUUCCUCUUCCUCCUCCUCCUCCUCUUCUUCUUCGUCUUCUUCCUCUUCUUCUUCGUCUUCAUCGUGUGCGUCUUCCGCUUCGUCCUUUUCUUCCGCUUCCACGUCCUCUUCUUCCUCUUCCUCUUUUUCCGCUUUUUCUGGUCCUUCUUCUUUAUUGUCUCUUGCCUCGCCCUCCACUCCCGAGGUGGACCGGAGCCACGCUCCCUGCUACCUCUGGGCUGUCGCCUUUGAUGACGGUCAGUUGACCCUGGAGAUUGAGUGGACACGCCGGCGAGAGGCGGAGAAGCGAAGGGUGGCGAAGACAGACGAGGAAAGAAAACGAGGCUCGACGUUCGAAGCGGAAGCGGCAGAGAUGCGUGCUGUGAGAAGGCGAGGGCAGUGCGAAGACGAGGCCGAAACGGCGUUGCUGCGGCGGUACACCACUUCCCUCGCCCCGCAUGCAGUUCAGUCCCUCAGCCUCCUGGCGCCGUCGUAUCUCGUCGCCGGCACGCAGGACGGUCACCUUUUCACGUGGGCGCUUUCGAGUCUUUUCGCGCUCCCCACGACUCACUCGCCUUCUGCCUCUCCGCGUCCGCCUUUCGUCUCGUCUCCGCGCCCCGCCUCGCCUCUGGAUGCGGCCGGGGCAGGCGGCCUUUCGCAGGCUUCCGCCUCUUCCCCGGCGAGUGCGUGCGUGGAGACGCGGCGAGAAACAAGAGAGAGGAGGCCGUCGAUGCACCAUCGCUCCCUGCCGCCCCCCGUCUGGAGCACUCGCGUGGGAAGCUUCCCGCUGUACGUCUCGCCGAUUCUUCCGCGACAGGGCGACCUCGAGAGCCGCGUGCGAAACCACGCGGAAGAAGAAAACGGCGAGGAAUCUGCGAGGCUGCCCGAAGGCUGUUUGGUCAAACACGGCGGCGGUGGGUUGGGCGCAGACGCGCAGCAGGGCAGUGUGUGGUUUCUCCUGCUUCCUGAAGACGGGAAGAGGAAUUGCAGGAUAGGAAACGCGAAACGCGCGAAGGAGCGCGUUCAAGAAGAAAAGCGUCGAGACCCGACUGACUUGAAUCCGGCGAUGGAGGGCGACGCGUUUCUGCCGCUUUUUGGAGGCGCGAGUUCGGCCCCAGAGGAUUCUGUCUCUCUCACUGAUUCUUUUCUUCCGUCUCUUCGCUGUUUCCCGUGCCUCGCACCGCCGGCGACGGCCCCUCCACAUCCCCUCGCCGCCUCGUCUUCUUUCGCGUCUCCCCCUGCUUCUUUUUCCUCUUCUCUCGCGUACGGCGCCCUCGGUUCCGGGGCAUCCGAGCCGUCGAAUGGAGCUGUAGCGGUCGCCUGGUGGAGCGAGGACUCCGGCACCGGAGACGGCGGAGACAGUGGAGACAGCGAGGAAGCGAAGGACAAGAGAAACAGGAAGCGAGGCGAGAGAUGCGUGCAGCUGCUAUAUCUUCACGAGAGAGGGGCGAGCGACGAAACGACACCGGCGUCGCUCUGGAAUGUCGACACGCGCACGGCGCUUCUCGCGACGGAGAUUGCGCCUCUGCCCAUCAUCGCGAACAAGAUGACGGUGCAAGCGGGUCGACCAAAUUCCCUCGUCGCCUUCAUCGGUCGCUUCUCUCCCGUCGCGCACCCUGCGACCCGGUCGCCGUAUCUCGAGGCUUCGUCACCAAACGAGACGAACGGAGGAUUCGGUGUUUUUCUCUGUAGCCGCGCACAACCCCCAACCUUCAGAAGUCAGGGGGCUCCUGCUCUCCACCCUCGUCGUGCCUGGAAAUCUUACUCUCCCUCCAUCUCUGCUUCUUCUCCAUUGCCUUCUUCGUCGCUGCCUUCUUCGUCUCUGCCUUCUUCGUCUCUGCCUUCUUCGUCGCUGCCUUCUUCGUCGCUGCCUUCUUCGUCGUCGCCUUCUUCUCCUUUGCCGUUUUCCACAACUAGCGCUCUGUCGGGUUCUGCCUCGCCUUGCGUUUCGCCUCUCGCUUGCGCUUCUCCGUCGCGUUCUGCCUGCGCGGAGGGUGGCCCUCGCCUCGUUGCUUCGCUUGCGCUUUCUCGCUUCGCGAGCGAGGCGCCUGCGGGUCUUUCAUCGCCGACGCUCGCGGCAUGGCCCUCUCCAGAUCGACGAUUUCCGUGCCUGCAUCGCGACGCCCUCCUGCCUCUCUGUCUCGCGUUCUGGUCGCUGCAAGACGCCGCCUCGUCUGGGACUGAGAAACCGCCGUUGUACUCCCUGGCGUACCCACCGUCUGUCGCGCCCGCGCCGGCUUCGUCAGUCCCUGCGGCGACUGGCAAGCGAAGCCGAAAAGAACGCCCCUUAGGGAAGAUGUACAAGAUCUCUUCGUCUCCGUUCCUCACGCCUUUAACUCGAUCGCAGCUUUUGUCUCUCCACCGCAGUAUGCGCCUCCUCGCUAGCCCUCGUGAGGAACCUGGUCUCAGGUGUUUCGCCGCUGACCGCAUCAACCACCUCGUGCGAAUCAUCGUCUCUUCUUCGGUUUCUCCCUCUUCUUGGGUUUCUCCCUCUUCGUCUGCGUUGCCCUCCUGUGCUGCGCCUGCCUUCGCCGCGGUAUUCCCUGUUCUUCUCGCUUUUCUUCUGGCUCCACAAUUGCGGCGACGCGCGUGGCUGAGACGCGUUUUCCGGCGGAUGGGCGGGGCUGCGACGGGGGAGUGGCGGCGACGGGAGAGACUCCUGUUUCUGCUUCAGGGGAUUCGACACUUGUCGGACGCAGUCGCGGCGCGGUUGGCGGAGCUGUCCAAUGAAACCCGCCGCUGCGAAGAAGAGCUCCAAAGUUUGCAGGAACAGCCGCCGCUCGGCCUGGCUGUGCUGCGCGAGAGCGCAGAGCGCCGCGACGGCGACGGCGGAGCCGAGGGAGGAAGUGGAGAAGAUGUCGGUGAGGAACACAGGCGAGAAGGGACAGCGAGAUGCGCGAAUGGCACGGCGGCAGAAGACGCACGAAGUGGACGCGACGAGAGGCCGCAGGAGCCUGAUGCCACGGACCCCGAAACGGACUCCCCAGCUUCUCCAACCGCGUUUUUCUCAGCCGAAGAAGAUGAAGGCGACCCUCCCUCUUCUUCACUUUCACCUGCACCAGCCGCCUCGUCGGCCCCGUCUGCGCCGCCUUCUCCCUCCUCGUUUCCUUUUCCUCCUUCCUCAUCUUUGCCUUCUGCUUUGGGGUCUGUGCGGGAACCAGCGGCGGCGUCGCCCUCGGUCGCUGGGCGGUCGGGGGCCUUGGACGACCUGGCAACUUUGGCUGAACUCUCUCGCCGAACAGCUGCGCAGCGUGAGGCGCUUCGUCGCUCUUUGCGGGACUUCCGUCGGACGCGGGCCGUGAUGCGGAGGGCGCUUGAGGAACUCCGACGCUGCCACAGACUCUACAGAGACAGAUGUCAACUCGCGGACCUGCCGGCGGCCGCGGCACGCGAGGAAGAAGCAGAACCAGGCGAAGAAGAGGAAAGCGAGGACAGCGAGGCCGCGUGGACGACGGGCGAGCAGGGGACAGGCGGGGUGAGGUGCGUGUCCAGAGCACGCGAGAGGAGAGGCUCGGGAAAGCGCAUGCGUGGCCGAGAGCGUCUCCGGCUGGUCGUGGGCGGUCGGUGGAAUGCAGCGGAGAGAGGCCAGUCGCAAGGGAAGGAGGACGUUGAAGACGAGGAGAAGUCAAGUGCAUGCGGCCCAGACGCGACAGACUCCGAUGCCGGCAGCCACGAAGACGCACCGUUGGGUCUUCCGCCGGAAGAAAUGCGUCUCCGGUACGAGCGUCUCGCGUACGAACGCCGCCUUCAUUCGCAGCUCCUCGCGUUUCUCGGUCGCGUCUCGGAACGCUCCGAAAGGCCCCGCGAACCGAGGGGAUUUGUUCUGCUUCUUGGCGUCGACGAAGCGCCGUUCGAAAAACGAAGGGACUGUCCAUCUUCAGCCCGACACGAGACCAAGCGCGUGCGGAUGCGAACCCGAUGCGCCAAUCAGGAGGCGAACGAAACGCCGAGGUGUCGAAAGGAGAAAACAAAGACACAAGCGAGAGGCGACCAAGGGAACGACCAGAAGGGUGAAGGCGAAACGGGUCCAAGAGGAGACGAAAGAGGAGAAAGAGAAAAGGGACACGGCGAACGAGAAGGCGAGAGAGAUGAAGGCGUGAGCGCGGAGGAACGCGCGAGUGCUCACCUUGGACAACCGGCAGGAUCGGUUGCGGGAGCCGUCGCACCGAGGAGAGUGGAAGAAGAGACGGACUGGGUCUCCUCGUUUUCGCGGCGAGCGUCGCGCCGUCUCGGCAUGCACGCGCGGCGUGUGGAGGGCGAAGAAAGUCAGAUGGAAGAGCGGCCCUCGCCUAGGCAGGGACAGCUGGAGACUUCGCGUUCUUUUUUCCCGCCGCUCCCGCCCACUCGCUCCUCCAUUUCUUCCACUUUGGCAGGCUGCUCCCCUUCGCGGUCCUCUUCUCUCAGCCUGCCGUCUUCGUCUUCCUCUCCUUCGUCUUUGGAUUCCUGUUGUUCUUCCGCCUUGGUCCCCCUCUGCUUGCAGCCUAUGGCCUUUUCCGUUGAGGCAGUCACGCCGUUCGAGGGUGGGCGUUUUCUAGCUGUCGGAGGCGAGGCAACCAUUGCCGUGCUGGAGCUCGAGUGGCCGAGGGAGAAGGCGAGGACACGGGGCGAAGGCGCGACGCAGAAAGAGAUGCAGGAGACAGAACUUGGAGAGACUGGUCGGGCCUCAUUCGCUCCAGCGGAGGAGCGAGAAGCUCGGCUGUCCGCCCCGAGGCUGCGCACAGUCGCGACGUUCACCGUCGGAGACGCUUCGGACAGCCGCGUCACAGGCCUCUCACUCGCACCGGGGGGGACCGGGCUGCUCACGGCGACGCUCGCCACGAAGAAUGGCGGCGCGUCGGGACACAUUUUGCUGCUGCGGUGGAGCGAAGACGCGCAGCAGCUUGUCUGCGUCGCCUCCGGCUCGGAUGAAGAAGGGCGCGGCCUGGCGUCGGGCACGGCAGUGGAGGUGAAUGGCUUCCCUGACUUCCACCUCGCGCUGACUGCCGACGGGAAGAAUCUCUUCGCGACACAACUCAACUUGGAGCGCGCUUCUCUCGACGCACACUCAGAAGCCGCGCUGGCCUCCCCCUGUCUCGCGACACUGUCGUUGCCUGCCGCCUUCUUCGCGCCUGCUUCCUUCUCGCCCUCGGCGGUCCUGCCAGGUUUCUCUGCGCCUUCCUCGCCGCGUGCGGUUGUCUCCCCGCCUGAUGCAAAUGCUCUCUUUCCGUCCGCAGCCUCGCCCCUCUCCCCACUCUGCCAAGAGGAGGCACAUCUCGGCCUGAUGCCGCCGAAGCUCUCGCAGGGGCGCGCCGCCGUAUCGGAGAUGCAGGCAGAGGAACAAAAUGAACGAAAAGCUGGCAAAGGAGAAAGAGCAGAAAACGGAGAUAAAGAACGACAAGCACCGGCGGCGUUUCGUGGAGACCCUCGCGGCGACGCAGCGGGGAGCCUGCUCACAUUGUUUGAGAAACAGUCUGCUGGCUCGACACCUGUCCUUCUCCCGGGUCUCGAUGGGAGUGUGACGGCUGUUUUCUGCGCGCCGACGGCUGCCCCUUCGCCGGGUCGGCGCUCCUCUUCCUUGGCACUGCUCCCGCCUUUGUUCCCUUCUGCCUCGCGUUUGUCUUUCCUUCCUCCGAGAAAAAGGUCUGACGGGCGUGACGGCGCAGGCAGACGACCAGCCGCGACAAAUGGAGAGAGCGCGCUCUUUUGCGAAAGACCCCGCGGGCCGAAGAAACACACAGAGCACGAAGGGACAAACACGGGAGGACGAGAGACGGGGGAAGACGCGAAGACGGUGCAUGACCAGUUCGACGUCUCCAGCGUCUUUCCCUCGCCUUCAGGGUCUUUUGUCCCUAUGAACUUUCUCGCGAGGGCAAAGGAAAUCUGCGCCGAUCUCUCCCUCUUUCUCAGACUUCUCCGGUCCGGUUUGCCAUGCCCCUACUGCGACUCCUUUUCUUGUUCGGCGCCUUCCUCUGUCGCGUCUUCCUCGUGGCCUUCUGCGUCUUCCGCGUUCCGGGCCGACUUCCUGUUUGCUUCUUCGCUGUCCCAACAGCACCUGCUCUGGCUGCUAUGGGAACGUUUUUCGUUUUUCCGCCUUCUCCCGGUGUACAGACACCCGGAGGUCGUCGCGGGCCGACUCGAGCAGGUUUCGCGACGGCUGCAGCGGGAGGUUUCCGCGGAGAUUCUUCGCGCCUCGCGCCUGCUCGGCGCCGCCGUGGAAGUCUCGCAGAAUGGCGCGACAGGACAAAAGAAAGCAGCGAGCGCAAAGGAGCAAAGGAAUGCGAGCGGCGCUGCGCCCGCGGGGACUCAAACGAAGGGCGAAGGAGAGGAAGAAGGAAGAAGAGGCAAAGACGGAGACUGUCCGGAUAGGAAUGCACAGAACCGCGCAGAAUCACCACCGCGGUGGCAGGCCCCCACAGGAAAUCGCGAAGCGCAAACCACGCACGUCAGCAUUCAACAUGCGAAAGAGUCUGAGGUGUACAGACACCCAAUGCUGGGCGACGAACUUGACUCCCUGGCAUUAGAAUGGACGAAAGGCAUCUCUAGAUUCUUCCCUUCUGACUGGGCAGGCAACCCCUGGGAAUCGGCGCCGUCGGCGUCACAUAUCCCGUCGCGGUUACCGCCUUCCGCUCUCGUACGCCCCGCCGCUCCGCCCUCUUCUUCUUCCGCGUCGUGUCCCUCUUCCUCUUCUUCUCUCGAGCUCUGGCUGUGUGUUGCUGAGUGGCUUCACGUGCGCGAGGCGUCGGCGGCGACGCUUCUGCUCAGACUCCGAUCUCUGCAGGCCUUUCGGGAUGGCGACAGCGAGAGGGAGGAGCGGGGCGAGGAACGGUGUUCUCCGGCCCACCCUGUGUCGGGGUUCUCGACCAGAGAGGCGCACGCAUCGCCAGCGCUGGAUCUGCUUCUUGACGCGCUCGACGACAGACUUCGCGCCUUCCUGGACUGCCUGGGAGAGGCGCGUGGCCGCAUCAACAGACUGGUCAGUUGCAUGCGCCAGCAGGACGAGUGGCGACGCCUCGUCCAGCGCAUGCAACCGGGACCCGCUGCGCUCGAUUUUCUCUCGACGUUGAAAGUUACAGACGCGUCGUCUUUGCGCGUUUCUGCGGCUGGCACUUCGCUUUCGCCUUCUGUACCGUCCGACUUGAAUCCGCAGCACGCACAUGCACAGGACAAGAGAGAACUGCGUUCGCCCUCGUCGUCUUCGUUCUCCCCUUUCAGUGCUCCGUCGGCCUUUGCGUCGUCCUCUUCCUUUCUUGCUUCUUCCGCGCUUGCUUCUUCCUCGCCCGUUUCUGCUGUUGCGUCUGCAGCCCCGUUGACGACUCUUCUGCUCGAUCUUCGAGCGUCUGCGCUCCAGACCCUUUCGUCGCUUCGUUUAAAACUCGCGUCUCUCGAAACGGAGACGGCGAUGCGCAGAGGCGGCACGCAUCAGCGAGACAGCAGCCGCGCCGGCGACGAAGCUCCCGACGGAGGCAACGGUGCGCGAGAGUGCGAGCGAGAGAUGGACACGGAACAUCCUGACGACACGGCGACGUCCGACACUGGCGACUGCGAGACGGCGAAAGCCGAAUCCGAGAGAGAGAACGAAGGCACGAAGCAAAGACAAGACGGCGGCAUGAGCAGCGGAGCAAACCAGCAGCCGCUUGAGGUCGACAAAAUGUGGGAAAAGGGAGGAGAAGAGCCUGACGGGGCGCGAGAGAAGGUCGAUCGCGUGCGUCGCCGCCUUCUCUCACUCCUCGAGGAAAUUGAGAGCGAUGAACGGGCGACCGUUGCGAACUGCAAUUGUGUAGUGUCUGGUGAGCAUGUCGGCCCUCGGAGUGGGAGAGAAGGAGAGGCUCACAGAUGCAGAGAAGCGAGCGUCCAGGAAAGGCUGCGAAGACUCCAGGCGCAGCUGGCGACGGCGCGGAUGUUGCUGGCAGACGUGGGAGAAGCCGAACGCGAGGCCAAGGCGGCGGAUGCAAAGCUAAACGAGGGAAGAACUGAAUCCGAGAAAGAAGGCGUGCGAGCCGGCGAGAUCGAAGAACCGCGGAAACGAGGCGGCCGCGGAGAGAGAGGAGACACACUCGGGGAACACGAAGAGUGUCAUGUGGUGAACAACCCGACCACAAGAGGCGAGACGCAGGACGCGCGGCAGACGGUCUCGGGCACCGAACCGCUGGAACGGGAGAGGGGGAAGAGCCCCGCAAGGAAGGACACUGGAAGGAAGGACACUGGGAGGGCAGGCACCAAACAGGGAAGGGAGAACUUCUCGGAUCUCGACGCGGGGCUCGAAGUCGAGUCGGUCUGGUCUCUGUCCAGCUUCUCCUCCGGCCAGGAGACGGAGCGCGAGAACAAAGUGGCCAGAGAAGAGAGGAAGACUUACAACACGUCUUUGUCAGCGUCUCCUUCUUCCUUGUCGUGUUCUUCUUCCGUGUCUUCUUCGCCUUCUGCGUCUGCGUUGCUUCGCACCUCGCAUUGGCCUCCGGCAGGGACUUCUGACGCGCGGGCCGAGAGAGAGGCGAGACGCUCGCCCUUGGAAGAUGCUACGGAGCGCCAAGUGCAAGCGGUGGUAGCUUGCAUGCGCGGUGUCUCUCGGCUCUUCGGUGAGGGCGACCGUCGUCGCGCUUUCGCUGCGUCUCCUGACUCAUUGUGCGUCUCGAGUGGCCGUUUGGCGCGCCGAGACGCACGCGAGGACAGGUUGCCGUCUCUGUUGUUCCCGUCGUAUCCCCGUUCUUCCUCUCCUUCGUCUUCUUCCGGUUCCUCUCUUGGUCGGGAGGCGACAGGGCGAUGGCGGGACGACGGAGCCGCGCGUGCCCUUCUCUCAGCUCCGAGGCGACGGCGAGACGCGUGGCAACUGCUCCGUCCCCACGGCGAGCAAAACGGCGGCGUCUCCAAACUCGAGGGAGGGCAGGAAGACGGUUGCAUGCGGGAGAAGGGCGAUGCCUCGCUCCUUUGUUUGGAAGCUGCCAAGACCUGUCUUGCAGACGCCGUGCUCGCGCGAGGAGGCUCACCGGUCUUCUGGUUUUUCUGCUCGACUCUGGCGUUCUUGGCCAACUCGCCGGGUGGCCUCUCUUCCCUCAAGAGCGAAGUCUUCAUUGCAGGCGCGGAGACUCCCCGAGGCGGCGACGCCAGGCGGCGCGGCUGCCCGAUCUGCCGCGGCCGCACGCAGGAGUCGGAAGAAAGCGAAACUUCCGAAGGAGCCCGCGAGUUCGCUGCGUCGAUGCGCGACGCCGAACGAGCGAGGAGGCGGCUGGAGAGAGUCGAGGGGAUCUGGGGCGAGUGUGGCGAGAAGACGCAGCGGCGCGAGGAAAGGCAGCGAGAGAACGAAGAGCGUCGCGAAGAGGCCAGAGACGAGAAGGGGGAACGUCUCGGCUUCACGCAACGGCGAAGCGUGUCGUGGAGCUCGGAGUGCUUGUCGUCGCGUCGACGCAAGGAAACGCGCCGAACGGUUUCUGGAGGACACGGCGUCGCCUCAUUUGAAUCAACCAGAAGUGGAGGGCGAGGAGACGACUGGUCCAGCGACGAGAGCUGGGCAGAACAGGACGCGUGGAAUCUGUUCUGGGGUUUGGACACCGGCGAGGAAGAUGGCGCGGUCGAGAGAAGGUCAAGAGACAGGGAGAGAGAACGGAGGCGCGAGAGAGAACACAGGAGAGAAGAGAGUCUGGAGGUUUCCGCGUUUGCGAACAAGAGAGCAAAGGGACAACAGAGACGGUCGGGGGCGCAUGCGGCCUGCUCCGCUCCGGCGCCGUCUGGAGUCCAGGCCGAUGAAGAAGACAGCGACAAAGCAGAAGAAAGUGGAACAAAACUCUGUGUGGAUUUGGACCUCGUCAGUGCUCUUGCAUUCCUCAGUGACGAGGCAGAGAGCGAGCUCGCAGAGAUUCUCCCGUUUCUGCCGUCGUGGCCGCAGUCUGUUGACGAGUGCCUGGCUGCAAUCCGAGCUCUCGCACGCGUUUCGGCGUUUUGA